AUGGACAAUCUGAGGUAUAACUCGGAUCAUAGAGAAAAAGGAAUAUGGCGUGGCCCAGUGGAGAUUCCUGCCUCCAAGGGAGCCAUAAACUACAUAUCAGAUGGCUUCGCUGGAGGAGGAAUCACUAACACAGCCAGAAAAAGAUGCUAUCGAACGAUGAUGACAAUGGAAGGAUCUCAUCAAAACCCACCAGCCCCGACCUCAGCCGCCCACAUCAGUUUCAAUGCUGAUGGCUUUAAAUCGCAGACGCCAAAUUUAGAUGACCCAGUGGUGAUCUCAGUACACAUGGGAGAACUAACCGUGAAAAAUGUACUACUCGAUCCAGGAAGCAGUGCCGAUGUCUUAUUCUACUCCACGUUCAAAAAGAUACAGCUAAACGACAAGGCAUUGCAACCAUCAGGAGAAAAAUUGGCAGGGUUCUCAGGGAAAAAAGUCCCUAUAGCAGGUUACGAAUGGUUAAGAACAAUAUUGGGAGAACCCCCAAGUUCCAAAACACUAGACAUCCAGUUUCUGGUAGUCAAUUGUGUUAGUUCUUACAAUAUCAUUUUAGGACACACAUCAUUUAACUCUUUUGGAGCUAUUGUCUCUACCAUUCAUCUAUGUGUCAAGUUUCCCUUGUAG